ACAGUCCCUCCGACUCCGGCUGUCUUAUUUGCGCGGGCGAAGGGCGGGGGGGGGUGUGUGGCCUGGGCGCCCUCCAGCGUCAUCAGAGCGCGCCGCCGGCAGACAUGGCGCUCUUCGUGGUUCCCAGGUAUGUUAGUGAUGAAGAGGAUAAUCCAGAAUGUAAGUCCCAGUUGCUCUUACAUCGGCUGCAGGAGCAAGCAAAGACUCGGCAGCUGCAAAAACAGGAGCAGAACUGGCCCACUUCUGGGCAGCGAAAGAGAUUGGCGCCUGGAGCCCCUGAAGAAGAGACCAACGAGGAAUUAAAGCAAACAGGCAAAAAGAAGAAAGUAAGUCAGGAAUCCCUUUCAGCCCAAAGUCACAGAGAAAAGGAGCCAAGACGACCUACUUUUGGGGCAGAAAGUUUGCCCGAGAAAGAUGGCUCAAGCAAACGUAAGAAGAAUGGUGGGAAUUCUAGAACACCUCAAGGAAAGACGGAAGCAGUUCAAGGAGAUGAAGGUAUGUUGGAGACUCAUCCGGAAAGUCGAGCUACCCCAGAAGAAGAAGGUAUGGGAGGUUUUGGAGACAAAGAGAGCCAAGCCAGAAAGGAUCAGAGGAUGCAGACACCAAAUCCAAGGACAGCUUCUUCACCUUCCAGCAUGAUUGUCCUUGGUCCUUCUGAUCAAAGGAAUCUGCACAAGGUGCAGCCUUUUGUGCCACGGUGGUUCAGCCAGCCGCAGCAGUUCCAGAGGCAGAUCCGAGAGAACCUCGUCCCUCUCCAGGACGUUCCAGUCAUUCACCCUAAGCUGAGAAAGAAGCUGCAAGCCAAUGGAAUAGCAUCUCUCUUUCCAGUUCAGGCUGAAGUGAUUCCAGCCAUCUUGGAUUGUGGGCCCAAUGGGGCUUUAGCUGGCAGGGGUGGCUACCCCCCAAGCGACAUCUGCGUUUCAGCCCCCACCGGCAGUGGCAAGACUUUGGCCUUCAUCAUUCCAGUGGUGCAGGCCCUGUUGGACCGCGUUGUCUGCCAUGUACGGGCUCUGGCAGUCUUGCCCACCAAAGAGCUGGCCCAGCAGGUGGCUAAAAUAUUCAACAUUUACACUGAUGGGACUGGACUGAAAGUUGUCCUGGUUACUGGACAGAAAUCUUUUGUGAAAGAACAAGAGUCCCUUGUCGAGACAACGCUGACGGGACACCGUAGCCUGGCAGACAUUGUGAUAGCCACCCCAGGACGCCUGGUGGACCACCUGCAGCAGAGCCCCCAGUUCAGCUUGCGAGAGCUUCGUUUCCUGAUCAUGGAUGAAGCAGAUCGCAUGAUCGACAACAUGCACCAGGAUUGGCUGCAGCAAGUCGUAGAGGCUGUGCACCGGCCUGAAAGGGGCUCCGGUCCCGGCGGGCUGUUCAGAAGGGUGCAGCCGAGUCCCUGCACGGCAGCCAGGGCUUGCUCCCCCCGGCUCCCUCUGCAGCGGCUCCUCUUCUCAGCCACUCUGACCCAGAACCCCGAGAAGCUGCAGCGGUUGGGCCUCUACCAGCCUCGGCUCUUCGCGCCGGUUCAGUCUGGGAAAGGGAGCGAUGGGCUUGGCUCUCCUUCGUGCGUCAGCGAAAAGUACAUUCUCCCCGAGGGCCUCUCCCAUUAUUAUGUCCCGUGCAACCUGAACUGGAAACCGCUGUUCCUCCUGCAUUUCCUGGUGAGGCUGAAAUUCACCCAAGUGCUCUGCUUCACCAACAGCAAGGAAACCUCGCACAGACUCUUCCUGCUAAUUCAGGCCUUUGGCGGAGUGAAGGUCGCUGAGUUUUCUUCCAAGCUGAGCCCGAGCAAAAGGAAGGUGACCCUGAAGGAGUUUGAGCAAGGCAAGAUCCAGCUUUUAAUCAGCACAGAUGCCACGGCUCGAGGAAUUGAUUUUGGUGGUGUAAAGUGUGUCAUUAGCUACGAUGCCCCUCAGUUCAUCAGGACCUACGUUCACCGGGUGGGCAGAACAGCUCGUGCUGGGAAGGCAGGCCUGGCUUUUAGCCUGCUCCUCAAGCGGCAGGAGCAUAGGUUCCUAAAGAUGUUGAAGGACGCGGGUCUUCCAGAGUUGCAGCCGCAGCUGGUCAAGAGCGCCUCCCUUCAGCCUCUCCUCCAGCAGUACGAAGCAGCCCUGGCCGAACUUGCACAGACUGUCAAGGAGGAGCAGGUUGGAAAGCGAUUUUAAGGCAAAACACUUCAUGGAUAGACACCAAGGUGCUGCAAACCAGCAGAACUGGAACUCUGCCCCACGCUCUUGAGCAGCACUGCGAAGCAGGAAGGAUAAUUUUCAGCUCUCCAAAACAGAUUAAGAGAAGCCUCUCUGGGGCAGAAGACUUCAGCCACUUUCAUGAGCAACCCUGAACAAGGGCGCAGUGGAACCAAUUAAUAUUUGAAAUGACUGAAUUGCCUCUCCAAAAUGUGGCAAACCAGUGGUGCCCAAGAUGUCCUUGUUGAUGAAAUAACACUGAUGCUAAUUGAUUAUAUCCGGUCUAUUUCUAGCUAUGUCUCAGUUACAAAAAUGACGCUAUUUGAGUGCAUGCGUUCUGCUAAGCUGUGCAGCAGCCCUUCGGGUUCAAGGGAGACAUGCUGUGUGGUACAGAUCUUGUGCGGACACAGAAGUUGCUCUGCGGUCCCAAUGGAAGCAGCCUAGUGCAGCCAGGGACGCUGUUGUAACUGGAGGUGUGAUUCCGCGAUGUAGUUCGCAGCUUUUCUGUCAGGUUUCCAUGUUGCCUGUCUUCAAAGUCAGUGGAGGCUUUGCGGCCCAGAGCUCCCUAGCAGCUUAGGUCAGAAGCGGCAGCCUCUCGUUCCUGUGGCUGGAUGUCCCAGGGCUCAGGGUUUCUUGCACGGCCUUUUCGUAGCCCUAAUGUGCUUGACCUUCCCGGAUUCCAGUGCCCUGUAGAACAACAGGCAAGGCCGUCCAUUCUGAUGCCAUGGCCCCCACCUCACCUGAACUCUGGUCAUCAGGGACUCAAUGCUGGUGGACUGUACAUAAUCCAAGACUUGCAGGCCUGGUCAACAAACGCCAAGAUUGAGCCGAGACGUGGCGUUUCUAUUUCUUCAUUUAUUAAGCCUCUGCUUAAAAGUCAAUGUGGUGACUCAGGGCAUGGCACAGAGAUAACACAGCCGGCAGUUCAAACUGCCCCUUUAUUGCUCCAAAUUUCCCCCAAUACUCCCAUGUCUCUGGCAAAUCCCAGAGCAAGUGAUGACAAACACCCAUACAGACCUCUGGCUGCAAAUAGUCCAGCCCAGCACUUGUACACCAUGAUGCACAGAGCAAUAAAUUCAGUAGGGCAAAUCCAAGGAGUUCAGGAAGCAAAGGAGUCAGGUAAUUAGUCCAGGAAGCCAGAAAGAAUGCAAGGAAUCCAGGAAAGUUUCAAACUCAACACUUCAGGAAUUCAGUGUUUGUUCCCAACAAAUGCCCCUCCCCACAGAGUCUCGAGUCUCAGUUCCCAGGUAUGCCUUCUGAAGAGGGGCGGGGUGCUCUCCUCCCAAGUAGUCUGCUCCAUCUGCACUCUUCUCACCUUCACUCCAUGCUUGGAUCAGGAGUGGGGUGGUCCUUGCCGCCCAUCUCCCCCAUAAGGCAACUUUGAACGGCUUACAGAUUAUAAAUAAAUAAAUAAAUAGAAAAGUAAUUAGAAUAUUCAAAUUUUAAAACCAUGCCAAAACCAGGAUUUAGGGAUGGCACGGGAAUGAGGUCUUGCCUUGUCAACUAUCUCCAGGCAUCAGCCCGCUCCCUCUGGGCCCCCUUAUUACGGUAGUUAGUGGUGGACUGCUGCCAGUUCGGACUGGCUCGCCCAUACCGGUGGUUCUGACCACCCGCCCCGGUGCUAUCCUGUCCGAUGUAUCCGGCUCGCUUGCCCCGCCCAUGCAGCCCAGCUGGUUCCUGCUACUCCCUGGCUGCCACACGCAGGAAAUCCCCACGUUCUUGCAGCCCUGUGCAUGCCCACAUUUUCAGUCCUGCAUUCGGCGAGCCAGUUGUUACAGUAUGCGCGGCCCGUCUCUGUACGGCAGGCUCAAAGCCUGUUCAGAUCUUCACAACCUCCAGGCAAUGUUACAAGGUGUUUUGUUUUGUUUUAAACUAUAAAUCAUCUUAUUGAUCCAGAGUCAAUAAAAAUGCAAGAAACUGGAAACGUUUGCGUUUAGCGCUAAACUCACCAAUCCCUCCCAUCUUGUGAUCUCCUCAGGAGGAGCAGCCACCUGGAGCACUUGUGGGCAAUCUCAGUUCCUCUCCUUGUCUGGCAUCCCAUCACUUUUAGCGGAGCCGCCUUUUUUUUAUUCUUCUAAUGUUUCUUUUUCUUUACUCUCUAUUUUUCUCCAUCUUUUUUUUUUUAGUUCAUAUUAGUUUUUAGACUUGCAAAUUGUAAUCUUUAAUAAAAUUGUAUCACUUCCGUUUAACAAUUUUUCACCUUUUUUCCACUUCAAACGAUUUGCCGAGAUCUUACUAAGUCUUCCGUUUGAUGUAAGCAUAUUAACCGAAAUCCAGUACGGUGUGAUGAGAAAUACUCAAUUCAUAUUUUAUUUUAUCGUAACGUCCGUUGUGAACCGGAGCUUCAGGUGUGUG